AUGAUGACAGUGGAAGACAAGCCAGAUGUCACAUACAAUGAUGGUGGUGGAUGUAAAAAACAAAUUGAGAAAAUGAGAGAGGUUGUUGAACUACCCAUGCUCCACCCCGAGAAAUUUGUAAAACUUGGAAUUGACCCUCCAAAAGGUGUCCUCUGCUAUGGCCCACCUGGAACUGGAAAAACACUUUUGGCAAGAGCAGUUGCUAAUAGAACUGAUGCAUGUUUUAUUCGUGUAAUUGGAAGUGAACUUGUUCAAAAAUGGCAAGAUCCAAAAAGCCAGAUGCAAUUGGUGGUGCUAGAUUUGAUGAUGGGGAAUCAGCUCGAUGGAUUUGAUGCUCGUGGUAACAUCAAAGUUAUCAUGGCCACAAAUACACCUGAUACAACACUUUUGCGACCUGGGAGACUGGAUAGGAAAGUGGAGUUUGGGCUUCCGAAUAUGGAAAGUAGGACACGGAUUUUCAAGAUUCAUACACGGACUAUGAACUGUGAAAGGGAUGUUCGGUUUGAGCUUUUGGCUCGUCUUUGCCCGAAUUCUACGGGUGCUGAUAUAAGGAGUGUGUGUACUGAGGCUGGAAUGUAUGCAAUUACAUGCUGUACAACUGAUUUGGCUGCUGGAAACCAAAGACAUGGACAUGGGAUUGUUAUAUGUUUUUUAAGUGGAGUCCCUAUUGUAAUAAGCAAUGACACCCUAGCUAGGCUUACUAAAACGGUUAUGGCUUUAAAAGAAGAUAAGAAACAGAGGUUAAAGAAUGUAUGGCAUUUUCCAACUCCUUAUGUCUCCUAA